CUGCUGUCAGCUGUUGGUACAAUGGCAGCCGGAGAACGUCAGCCUGAGGCCUUUGAGGCGAAAAACGCCUGAUUUACCCCGUGUGAAGCCGAUUGGUGAGUUUUGGCCCCGUCGUCAUGGCGAGCCCCGUGGUGCGUCAGAUCGAUAAGCAGUUCCUGGUGUGCAGCAUCUGUCUGGAGAGAUACCACGUCCCCAAGGUCCUGCCGUGUCUGCACACCUUCUGCGAGAGGUGCCUCCAGAGCUACAUCCCCCCCCAGAGCCUGACCCUGUCCUGCCCCGUGUGCCGCCAGACCUCCAUCUUACCCGAACGGGGCGUCUCUGCCCUGCAGAACAACUUCUUCAUCACAAACCUCAUGGAGGUUCUGCAGCGGAGUCCUGAGAGCGGCCGCCAGGAGCAGAGCGUUCUGCAGAGCGAUGGCCCCUCGUGCGGAACCCCCCUGUCCUGCCCCAACCACCAGGGGAAGACCAUGGAGUAUUACUGCGGCUCGUGCGAGACGGCCAUGUGCGCGGAGUGCACGGAGGGGGAGCACCGCGAGCACCGCACCGUGCCCCUCGGGGAUGUUCUAGAGCAGCACAAAGCGUCGCUCCGGAGCCAGCUCGAGAGCAUAAAGAGCAGGAUCCCUCAGCUGACCUCGGCGAUUGACCUUGUGAGUGAGAUCAGCCGCCAGCUGAGUGAGAGGAAGAGCGCGGCGGUCAACGAGAUUUGCAUCACCUUCGAGGAGUUGGAGCAAGCGCUGCAGCACCGGAAGAGCUGGUUACUGCAGGAUCUGGAGGCCAUCUGCAUCAGCAAGCAGAAGGUCCUACAAGCUCAGCUUUCCUCUUUGCGCCAAGGUCUGGACAACAUGGAGAGCAGCGUGCGUUUCACGGAGCAGGCCCUGGGCCACGGCUCGGAGACAGAGGUCCUGCUGGUGAGGAAGCAGAUGAGCGAGCGGCUGAACGAGUUGGCCUCCCGGGACUUCCCUCUGUAUCCACAGCAGAACCCUCAGCUGGAGUUUCGAGCGGAGACCGAGGGGCUGCGGCGUUCCCUUCAGAACCUGGGCGCCCUGCUGACCACCAGCGCCGUCGCGCAUGCCUCCGUGGCCACGGGGGAAGGUCUACGGCAGGCUCUGGUGGGACACCAGACUUCUGUGACCAUCACCACUAAAGAUAAGGACGGGGAGUUGGUCCGAAGCGGCAAUGCCAACCUUCAAGCCCACCUGACCGGCCCUGAUGGGGGGGCACAAGAAGGAGAGGUGACGGACAAUAAGAAUGGGACUUAUGAAGUGCAGUAUACCCCGCGCCAAGAAGGCGAGCAUCAUCUGUCUCUGCGCCUGUAUGGGCAGCCCUUGCGCGGCAGUCCGUUCAAAGUGCGAGCCGUGAAGCCCGGGGACGUCCCGGCCUCCCCCGAAGACGUCAAACGCAGGGUGAAAUCUCCCAGCGGGGGGCACAUCCGGCAGAAAGCAGUGAGGCGGCCCUCCAGCAUGUACAGCACCAACAAGAAGAAGGAGAACCCCAUCGAGGACGAGAUGAUCCUGAGAGUGGGGGCCCGCGGCCGAGACAAAGGAGAAUUCUCCAAUCUGCAGGGAAUCUCCGCCUCUGGAAACAACCGGAUUGUGGUGGCCGACAGCAACAACCAGUGCAUCCAGGUAUUCUCCAAUGAAGGGCAGUUUAAGCUGCGCUUUGGGGUACGCGGCAGGUCCCCAGGGCAGCUCCAGCGUCCCACGGGGGUGGCCGUCGAUAUGAAUGGUGACAUCAUUGUGGCCGAUUAUGACAACCGCUGGGUCAGCAUUUUCUCGCCAGAGGGCAAGUUUAAGAACAAAGUUGGCGUUGGGCGUCUCAUGGGUCCUAAAGGGGUGGCCGUGGAUCGGAACGGUCACCUGAUUGUGGUGGAUAACAAGUCCUGCUGCAUCUUCAUCUUCCAGUCCAACGGGAAACUCGUUGGCCGAUUUGGAGGCCGCGGACCUGGAGACAAGCAGCAGCCCGGGAGCCUGGACGGUCCGCACUUUGUGGCCGUUAAUAACAAGAAUGAAAUUAUAGUCACCGAUUUUCACAACCACUCAGUCAAGGUAUACAGCGCAGAUGGAGAGUUUCUGCAUAAGUUUGGCUCCCACGGCGAGGGCAAUGGACAAUUUAAUGCCCCCACUGGAGUUGCAGUGGAUUCCAACGGAAACAUUAUUGUGGCCGAUUGGGGCAACAGCAGAAUCCAGGUGUUCGACAGCUCUGGCUCCUUCUUGUCCUACAUAAACACCAUGGCCGAUCCUCUGUAUGGGCCCCAGGGCCUGGCCCUCACCUCUGAUGGCCAUGUGGUGGUGGCAGAUUCUGGCAAUCACUGCUUCAAAGUUUACCGAUACCUCCAGUGAUUUUUGGGGCGGUGGAGAAGGCGUUGGCAGCCCCCAGUCCGCUCUUCUCCGUCCGGCGAUCUCUGUACAAAUGAAGUUCCCUGUCUGCACUCUCUUGUAUUCAGCCUGAAGUGAUGUUUCCUUCGUGUGUUCUCCAAGCCACCUGAGCUUCUCCCGGUGCCAGCCGCGGCCUCUACCCACCCUGCGGGGCUCCGUUCCAACUCAGCUUCUCCCGGUGCCACCUGCGUCCUCUACCCACCCUGCGGGGCUCUGUGCCAACUCAGCUUCUCCCGGUGCCACCUGCGGCCUCUACCCACCCUGCGGGGCUCCGUGCCAACUCAGCUUCUCCCGGUGUCAGCCGCGACCUCUACCCACCCUGCGGGGCUCCGUGCCAACUCAGCUUCUCCCGGUGCCAGCCGUGGCCUCUACCCACCCUGCGGGGCUCCGUGC